AGGAUAAUACUUUUCAAAUCGGUUAGUUGGUUGACAGUUGAGCCGAAUAUCGCUAAUAGACAGUUGACAUUUUGUUGGUUGCUUAAAAUCGGCAUGACUCGUGAAUAGUGAGUGACUUGUGCUUACUGUGACAUUAAAAUUGAUUGGAAGUGAUUGUUUUUUAUUGGUUUCGUUCUUCGCGUACUUUUUCCUGAAAAUGGCACAAUACAUUGAUCCAGAUCAUCGUUUACUAUCAACCCAACAAUACCAAACAAAGCCGCUAAAUAUGGAUACCAAACUACAAGAAAACAAGCCAUCCUUCUGUAUAGAGUCGCUGUUAUCUAGAUCUGAUGCUUUGCUAUCAAGAUCUGAUUCUCUGUUAUCCAGAAACGGAGACAGAGAAAAUGUUAAUUCGCCGGAAACUUCUAGGAGUAUAUCCCCAACUUCUUCACGUAGCAGAAGUCCUCCGAUCUCGCCGGGAAGUGAAGAAGUACCUCAAAGUACUUUCGUACCGAGACCGGGAUUAUUGAAUCACAUUUAUCCGAACGGCGGAGGAUUUUAUGGGUACCAAUCACAAAAUCAAAGUUCUGCUUUUCAUUCUAUAGACGGAGGAAUGGUACAGAAAGUGCAUUUACCUGUCGGACAUCAUAAUCAGAAUCACAUACAUCAAAUGCAACUGGAAUGGUUUGCUAGAACGGGGAUGUUUUAUCCGAGGCUGCCGGAUUUAGCUGGUUGUGGUCCAGGUCACGCUUUAUUAGGUAAAACUAGAAGACCUAGGACAGCCUUCACAUCUCAACAACUUCUAGAACUUGAAAAACAGUUUAGGCAGAACAAAUAUCUUUCGAGACCUAAGAGAUUUGAAGUGGCAACUAAUUUAAUGUUGACGGAAACACAGGUGAAAAUAUGGUUCCAAAAUCGACGUAUGAAAUGGAAACGCAGUAAGAAGGCACACCAAGAAGCGAAGUCAUCCAAAGAGUCGGCCGACAGUAAAUCCCAAACGAAUCUAACUUCCGUAAAUCCUCAUAAUAGUUACAAAUCAUGUUCCUCCAUAUCCAGUCCCGAAACCUCAGCAGAAUGUCCCAUUUCUCUAGAAACCAUACCGGAAUCGAGAAAAAAUCCAGACAGUGAAUCUCUUUAUCGACCAUACGUCGUUUAAGGGUGUUGUGAGAACAACUAUAUUUGUAAAUAUAUCAUAAUUUCGCUCAAUGUCGAUAGAUGAGAUACCAUAAAGCGACUCGUAUAUAAUUGAUUUAUAACACUAAAAAGGUAACUACACACCUUAACGAAGAACUUAAAAUGGGAAUAAUCAUUGAAGUAACUCUUGGUAAAAUCAAAAGUUUAUUCAAAAAAUUUUCUACGCUGAUAGAAAUCUAACUAUUUUUUUAAACAGAAAAGCAGUUGAUAAGCACUAAUACAAUCUUAUUUAGAUGACUUAUAUUAAUUAUUAUUCAUCUAAAGAGCCAUCCAUAGAAUUAUGGAUAAAACUAAUGUGCUUUCAUUAUAAAAUUUAUAAAAGACCACAUUUUCAAUAACACCGAUACAUUUAACAAAUUGAGAAUGGAAAUUUGCUUAACUGACGGAAUAGAAAUUGUUAUACAAUUUAGUUGAUCCAGAAAACCAAUGGAUAUAUACAUUCAUUGAGGAUUCACAAACCACAUAUCACUCAUUCUUUCUUCACUAGGAUCACUUUAAUAUCCAGGAAAAAAGAGUUGAAGUGACGCAGUUAGCGUUUAAAUAUCCAGAAGUUGAUAAAGAAAUCGUCUCUUUUUCACAUUAUGCACCAAACUCUCCGUUUGUGUUUGAGUUUCAACAGGUUGAUAUCAUAGUAACAACAACAAAUUCUACAGAGGGUUUUAAUACUAAUUCUGUAAUAGAUCAACCAAAAAGAGCUAGCAAAACGUCUAGCAAAGAAGAUCACAAGAAGAUCCCUAGAGGAGAAAGAAGCAAGAGAAAAAAGCCAUUUGCGAGUGGAUCAGAAGAUCAGAAAAAUAACCCAGAAGAUUAAGAAUGAAAAUUAUUUUGCGCAUAAGCAAUUUAAGCUAAUAGGUCCGCUUCAUAGCAGAGUAGAUCCCUAGAAGAUUAACAAUAAAGAAAGAGAAGAAUCUGCUGAUUUUCAUUAAGAUAAACAGUGUCUUGAAUAAAUACAACUUUAGCUAGUAGAUCUCUUUCUUAAAUCUAUCAGAUAAAUCUCCCAGAAGAUUCAGAAAAUAAUACGAAGAAGAGUACUGGAUCUAAUUAAAAGAGGAUCUGCUGAUCCUCAGAAGAAUAAGAAUUGUUUUGCGUAUGAACAGCUUAAGCUAAUGGAUCCGCUUCAUAACAGAGUAAAUCCCUAGAAGAUUAACAAUAAAGAAAGAGAAGAAUCUGCUGAUUUUCAUUAAGAUAAACAGUGUCUUGAAUAAAUACAACUUUAGCUAGUAGAUCUCUUUCUUAAAUCUAUCAGAUAAAUCUCCCAGAAGAUUGAGAAAAUAAUACGAAGAAGAGGAGAGGAGCCAAUUAAGAAAUGAUCUGCUGAGGUAGAUGAUUAAGAAACUAGAAAGAAGUUGGUCUACUUACGAGAAAGCCUACUGAAUCCCAGAGGGGGAGUAUUCAUCCGUGAAUAUGAAUUAUUAUAAUAAAUUAAGGUUUGGUUUGCUUAGAUUCAUUGAUGUUGAUGAUAGGUUGUAGAUAUUGUCCAUGUAGAGAGAGAUCUUCAGAAAUGAUACUCAAAAUUUUUUCAAAAAUAUUAGUGGUUUCUUAUGAAGUUUUUAAUAGAAACAUGACAUAAAAAAGAAAAAUUGCAUAGAGGAAUUAUAUUAGAAGUCCAAAGAGAAAAGCCGCGAGAAACUACAAACGUGACAAAGAAAGUAAUUAAGAGAUUAAAUAGAAAAAAAUUGGACUGUUGCAAAGUUGAAAAGUUGAUAUUAAAGAGUAAUAAAGUGAGACGAGCAAUAAAUUAUUUCUACGUUCCAAAAUUUUUAUUGUUAUGCCAAAGAAGUUUGAGUAAACUUUGAACUGUUAAUUUUUUGAGUGCAAAAAAUCCAAUGAAGUUGUUAUACUAUAUUUUUAAUGUGCUACAACUGGUAGCAAUAUAAUUGACAGAAGUAAUAGCGAAACAAUCUAUUUUGUUUUCAUUAUCACGUUAAGGUAUGUAGUUUCAAUAAUUUUCAGAUAUCAAAAUUUCGAGAAAUACAUAUCCUCUAAUAUCAUUAUUUCAAUCAAUCAUUAUUUCACAAAAAGUUAUUAACAACAAAGUAGAUGAGAAAUUUGUUGAAAACUAACACCCUCUUUUUGUUAUGAAAGUAAAGGAUAACUCCCAUUCAAGCAGUAGCGAUCAUACCAUACGUUUACCAAACCAGAGCGGCUGGUUUUAAAGCAGCAACAUGUUGACUUUGUGUGCAGUAGACAUCAAUUACAUUGGAUCCACCGGUACUCGUUUGUAGUUUAGCUAUUGCUAAAAGGUGCAAUUGGCACUAAAAUGGACGGUGAAAAAAUUGAAAUAUUUUGUGAAUACGUCAAUCACAUGAUACGAAUAAUACAAUUUGUUUAAAUUGCAUUGAAGCUUCAUUACUGCACUAACAUUUGAAUUUGUUCACUAACAACUAGAAAAUAUGAAUAAUGAACGGCGUUUCUAUAGAGAUUUAAAAACUUUUGUAAAUAACGUUAACUGUCUGUAGAAAGAACUAACUACUCGUUGUCGAGUAUCUAUCGGCAUCUGUAGGAACAAUAGGUUAAUGGUUACUGGAAAUAUGUAUGUAUAGAUUUUGGGGUAUUGUAUACACAAAGGAUCUAUUGUUUCCCCCUUUCUUGCUGCGAUACUGGAGAACCCAUUAUUUAGAGCUGAUCCGUAAACCCCACUCCUUUUAAAAAGUCUAGAAAGUGGGAUGGCUGUAAUUGCCACAGAUCUUCGUCGUCUAUUUCAAGCGUUCUUAAGUGUAGUGCUCUGGAGUUCCUUAGUGUUUCACACUUCAAAAGAAUGUGGAUAGAGGUUUCGUUCUAUGAGCAACAAAAUCUACACGUUUUAGAGUCUUCAGGAGUUUGUUGAGGCAACAGGACUCCUGUUAGUAUUCGAAGAUUGCUCUUACUUUGGUUGAUACAUUCAGCAGAUUUUCCCUAGUUAUAGUUUCCCAGAAGAGUCUAUGCCUGUUUCAGCCCCUAUUGUCCCAAUAAUUGGUUUUUUUCCUAUCCACCUUUUUUCAAGUGUUUUUCCAUUGUUCUGUAACUGAAACCACAGAAGGGCUCGAGUCUGCUCCCGCUUUAGCGAGCUUAUCAGCUAUUUAGUUUCCCUUUGCUCCCGAAAUCUAUUGUAGGAUAACUUUCUUUUUUUUUAUCUAGCUCGUUUAGUUUUUUUAGGCAAUACCAAACAAGUUUGGAUUUUAUGAUGAUGAUCUCCUGUUUGCGAUAGUUCCUCUCUAGGUUAAACUGAAUACAUUUUUCAAUUGCAUAAAUUUCGACUUGAAAAAGGCUUGGUGUGCUACCCAGGCUUUCGGAGUGUUUGGUUCUAGGCCCGUAUAAACCUAUUCCAGUUCCGUCUGCUGUUUUAGAUCCGUCCGUUUACCAUUUAAUGGCAUUUCUGUUCAUUUUUUGUAUGGUGCUUUGAUCCCACUUGCUUUCACAUUUUAUUAUUGAGGUAAAGUUUUUCUCAAAGCUAAACUUUUUCAAUGCAACGUCCUUAGGUAAGUUCCAGGAUAUUGGACAUAUAUACAUAUACCUCAAAUCUGAAAUAAAAAAUUUUCUCUCAAUCAUUACUAUUUUCAUCUUAGAGUGAAUCACAGUGAAAAAUGUUAGUGUCAAUUAUUGAAGGAGAGCGUUCUUGCGAAAAUUUUACUUUUUCCAGAGACAAGGUUUUGAAAAUAGAGAAACAUAAUUGAUGUCUCAUUAAAGUAAUUUACCUUGUGAAGCAGGGCUUUACACCUUUGGAAUCGAGAACCUGAGGUAAAGAGAAGAUAUCAGUGAAAGGUAUUCAAUAAAAUUAUUUGUAAAGCUUUGACAAUAAUAUUUGCCACUAUUUCUUACAAGUACUAAUGCUGGCUGCAUGAUAAGAAAGAUCUAAUAACAGUCGCUGCAAAAUUCGAUUUCUAAGAACAUAGAAGAAGUGCGUAGGCAAACCCAAUAAACCAAAACGUGUUUUCCUUUUUGGUGUCGCUUUUAAAAAACGGUGAUCAAGUAAUCUAUAAGGAUUAAAUUAACUUUAACCUCACAUGUUGGAUUAGCGGAACCGCAAUCAAAAAAUUAUAUAAAGCAGGCCAAAACUUGACAUUUUUAAUUAUGUGGUUAUUGUAGGUAAUAACUUAACCAAGUUUUAUAAUAAUUUAUUUUUAAAACCAUAAAUGGCAGGGCAUACAAAAACCGUAUAAAGUAGUAUGAUAUUUUUUAUUAAAUUGAGAAUUAAAUAUAACUGUACUGUAGAUUACGAUAACCUGGAACUAUUUUUUCUCUAUUUACAAAAACGCUUCAUUUAUCUUUACCAACUUUGAGGUAUCUUAGUUAUCUUUUGUAUAGAUAUGUAUUUCUGGAUAUUCAUAUAGAUGAAAAAAUGAAUGAAAUUUGUAGCAUACUGUACAAUAUAUGUAAAUAAUAUUUAUUUAAAACCAUCAAUUGAGGUUGUUAUUGGAUCUCUUAUGUUGUAAGUACUACCUCAUUAUUUUUUACGUGUUUCAAUGUAAAUAUUUGAGGUUCCUAGACAGAGAUGGACUCAGAAAAUAAUAAUGCCGCUCCGUCGAUAAACGGACAAACCAAAAAUAGACAACCAAAUUUUUUCAUUACUCCAAUAGAUGGAAAAACUUUGGGGUAAAGUGAAAGUUUUUAUGUCGACAUUUAAUUUUAAAAAAUCCGAUUGAAAAAUCAAGCAAUCGCAAACAACAAGAAUUGAGGUGAUCAUGUUUUCGUAUGCUUGUUAGCUCAAUAUUAUGAGGUUAUAAUAAGGUAUCAAAAAGAACGUGCAAAAAUAAGUUUUUGAGCUAUUUUCUCUAGAUAAAUAAUUUAUAACUUUCAAUACAAUUUUAAGAAAGAACUUUAUUCUGAGUCUGACUCACGUGUACAUCAAGUGACAGUAAUAGCUGACUAACAACAAGUUCAUUGCCUUAAUAAAUGAAGGCUCACCUCUUUUUUGUGACUUAUGGCACCACAAUGACAGAAAUAUUGGUGAUUUUAUAUUAUAUUUUAUAUAAGUUGUGAAAACUUACAACAAAGAUCUUAAUAAACUAGUAGUUAUUUAGAAAUCAAACCAUUUGACUGAAAUACUGAUCUGCCAGGGAUAGUAUCCAUAUAAUCCAUAUAACAUGCUGCACGGAACGGAAUAGACAAGGGUGAAUUUGUAUCGAAUUUCAAUGAAAAAUUCUACCACUAACAUCAACUAAAUAAAACAGAUAGGGUAGAGCUGUGGUGAUUACGGAAGCAACAUCAUAAAUGUACGCUCAUCACUUUCGUGAGAGUGCGCACUAGCUGACCUACCAUAAAGCUUAGGACUAGCUGAAACAACUCAGUUGGAGAAUCUGGAAAAUUGGUAAAAGGGUUUUCCUAUAGUUGAAUAGGACUCCCACCGAAUUGAUUAUGUCGUUAUCUAAUGAAAAAAUUGUGAUAUUAGGGAAAUACUAUCAGUGGAUAAUUUUGCAAAAGGCUUAUUUGGAAGCUCAUGGACUGCAAUGGAUUCUUAAUCUUAAUACUUUGAAAAAAUUACAAACAGAACAAGUUUGGAAAGACUUUUGAAAAUCAGAUAAUACUCAUGGACAAAAGAUAUUGAAUGUAACUUGAGAUUAAGGCUAAUGUAAUCCCGUGUGGGUUCUGUACAGCAAUUAUAACGCAAACUUAUUUAAUGUAACAGUAACAACAGCCCUAUGAUAACAAAACUAUAGAUAAACGUAAGUCAUAACAGCCUUUCGAGACUGUAGAUCGUGUGACAGUAAUUUAAUAUUUCUUCUCCUAUUGUAAUAUCGAAUAAACUAAUAAUUUGAAGCAGAUUCCAUACACAACAACACAAAACGUUUAGUUUCGUUUCGACAAAGCUCAUCCGUACGGUCAAUAGGAAUAACUGUGUCCACUGGAACGUCCAGAAUCCUUACGUCUUCAUUGAAGAAGAAUUAAACUUGCUUGGGGUGUGUGUGUGUGUGUGUAUGCGGGCAGGUAUUCAUGCGAGUGGUCUCGCAUGUCCGUAUUUUUUUGAGAGUUACGUGACAGGCCAAAGCUAUUUGGAAAUUUUCGAAGAUUCACGUGGGCGAAUCGACAAGGUCCAGCACUCGCGAGCAUUCGUCAUUUCAUGCACUACACUACGCGUUAUGUAUGCGAGAGUACCUUAAUGUUUCUUUUGGAGAAUGGAUUCGUUGAGUAACUCGUACGGUCAUGUGACCAGACACCCUGUGAUUUAUUCCUGUAGGACCUUCUUAAGGACAGCGCUUUUGCAAGGGGACCAGGCACUCUUCCCGACAUUCGAACUACAAUUGAAUAAGAAUUUGACACUCUUCGUGGAUAGCUUUAUAUGCUUCUCUGUUGAGAAACGUUACCAUAAAUGCAUUGAUCAAUUUGAAUACUUACAGUAACCCUUUUUCGAAUCCCUUGAGUAGUUUCUUGUAAUAAAUUCAAUUUGACGUUGUAUUUUUGUCUCUUAUUAAACAAAUACGAAGGAAUCGUAAUCUAGAGCAAAAUUCCACAUUGAGUUUGUCCGACUCUGUUAUACAACACUGGAACGGGUUUCCGAUUGUUCAGGAUAAGUGUAAACUAUCAUAUUUCAUCGAUGUGUAAUAUUAACAAUCACUCUAGUACAUUUCAAAGCCUUCUCUUGUCUUUACCGACAGUAUUUGAAAAAAUAAUAAAAGGUAGUUGUUGUUUAAACAAAAAGAUUCACUAUGAAAAAUUAUCAUCCAUCUAGAUCUUCAUUUUGACAUUUUAAAAGAUGUCAAUCAGUUCAUCACAAAUAUCUCGCUUCCUAUUUAGUACAUUUAGAUCCCUAGCUAAUUUUUUGAAGAUAGACAAUAGUGAGUAAUUUAAGCAAGAAGAUAUCUAAUACCUUUACUUGGUUAUAUCUUCUAGAUUAGACUUUUACAAAGAAAAGAAAUUCGUCAUAUAAAUGUUUUGCAGCAGAUUCAAUUCCAGUAUCGUCUAGAGCUAUAAAGACAGCCAUAAGACCGUAUUAUUGUCGACAAAAGCUCGGUUUAACUUUAUUGGGAUGUUAAUUUUUUGAAUAGAAUGAAUAAGACUCAAAAUUGAUGUUCAACAAAUCCCUACCUAUGCCAUUCUCAAAUAUAGAAAAAAGUAAACAAAUUAACGGCGUGAUUUGCAUAAAUAAUCAAAAAAUAUAAGUUGAGAUUUAAUUUAAGAAUAGUGGCAGUUUAUUGAACAAGUCCGUCUCUGUUUUUCUUUGUAAGAUUAAAGGUAAUUAAUAAAAAAUUUAGAAAA